CGUUAAACCGACCCAGCUCGAGCUCACCAGCGCGCGGUGCACAAAAGGCCCCGGAUGAUCGGUUGAGCUGUGCAGACCAAACAUUCGUCUGGGCAGAAGAUGUUUUCAUGGCUUUAAAACUGUGGCACUUUAAAUUGACAGUAGAUAAAAGAAAAUCCCAGCUGUACGUCAACAAAGGGGGGAGCCCAUUCAUCUGCUCAGACAGUGGGAAUGGAUUCAGUCGGUCAUCUCAACUGAAGGUACAUCAGCAAGUUCACACUGGGACAAGGCCAUUCACCUGUUCUGUGUGUGAGAAGGGAUUCAGUCGGUCUUCCCACCUGUGGACACACCAGUCAGUUCACAUCGAGCAGAGGCUGGUCAUCUGUUGAAUUUGUGGGGAAGGAUUCACUCGGUUAUCUGACCUAAUGGCUCACCAGCGAGUUCAUACCGGGGAGUGGCCAUUCACCUGCUCAGACUGUGGGAAGGGAUUCACUCAGUCAUGUAACCUGAAGGUACAUCAGCGAGUUCACACUGGGGAGAGGCCAUUCACCUGCUCAGACUGUGGGAAGGGAUUCACUGUGUCAUCUCAGUUACUGAGACACAAGUCAGUUCACACCGGGGAGUGGCCAUUUACCUGCUCAGACUGUGGGAAGGGAUUCACUAAAUCAUGUAGGCUGAAGGUACAUCAGAGAGUUCACACCGGGGAGCAGCCAUUCACCUGCUCAGACUGUGGGAAGGGAUUCACUGUGUCAUCUCAGUUACUGAGACACCAGUCAGUUCACACCGGGGAGUGGCCAUUCACCUGCUCAGACUGUGGGAAGGGAUUCACUCUGUCAUCUGCACUGAAGGCACAUCAGCGAGUUCACACUGGAGAGAGGCCGUUCACCUGCUCAGACUGUGGGAAAGGAUUCACUCGGUCAUUUCAUCUGAAGGCACAUCAGCGAGUUCACACCAGGGAAAGACUGUUCACCUGCUCAGACUGUGGGAAGGGAUUCACUCAGUCAUGUAACUUGAAGGUACAUCAGCGAGUUCACGCUGGGGAAAGGCCGUUCACCUGCUCAGACUGUGGGAAGGGAUUCACUCAGUCAUCUCAUCUGAAGGCACAUCAGCCAGUUCACACCAGGGAGAGGCCG